UUGAGCCAUACAAGAACUUUACUACGAAACGUCACAAAUGUCAAAAUGACAUCUAACCUAAAGACGUAUUGUCAAAAACAGAUGUUACGUUGAUUAUUGCGUGUUCAUAUCCGAAGUAAAAAAAAACCAUUUUUUAAAUUAUAAAUGGAAACGUCGGAUAGUGAAUGUUUUGAAAGUGCCGGUGAAGAGUUUUAUUCCGACGAAGAAAAGGAGGAAGAUGAUAAAAAAAGAUGUAAGAAAAUUGAUUUGGAGAAAAGUGAAAAUUGCGACUUAAAUAAAGAUGGUAACAAGAAUAACUCAAAAAUAGGUACUAAAAAUGUAGAAGACAUUGUUGAAUCACCAAAAAACAUAAAUGUUGACCCAGAAAUACUUGAUAAUGCAAAGAAAAUAAUCAACAAAGAUGAAGAAAAAGAAUCAAAACUUACAGAAACAUUAAACAAGUUGGAAAUCACAAAAAAAGAUGAUGAAAUAGUUUUACCAAAAAUUGCUGAACAUGAUGAUAAUAUGUGGGAUAAUGAUGAUUGGGGAAAUGAUGAUGUUAACAUGCCAGAAUCUACUAAAAAUAUUGAUAUGAAACGAAUUUCACCACAAUCUAUAUCAUUAAAUAAAUGUAUUGAUAAAAACGAAGAAGAAAAUAUGUGGGAUAACGAUAAUUGGAGUGAUGAAGAGAAAGAUGAUGUUCCAAAAGAUACCAAAAAUACAAAAAAAGAAGAAGAAAAUUUAUGGGAAGAUAAUUGGGGUGAUUUUGAUGAACCAAUAUCAAAAUCAACAAAACAAGAAUCACAAGAACUUAAUUCUUGGGAAGACGAUUGGGAACCAAUUGAAAAUAUUCCCAAAACAACUUCUUUAAAAACCCCCUUAAACACUCAAGAAGAAAAUAAAAAAGAUACCGGGUGGGGAUCAUGGGGAAAUUGGGGAUUAUCCUCAGUAAUUUCAACAGCAACAAAUUUAACAACUCAAGUUUCACAAAGUAUAACAACAGUUUUAGAAACAGGAAUAGGUGCCCCAAAUCCAGAAGAAUUAGCUAAAAGCGAUAGGGAAAUUGAAAAAGAAGUUGAAAAUGUUUCCGAUGACGAAUUAGAUUCACAAAAUCAAGAAGAUAAAUCAAACCGAUUCGGUUUAGGUUCUUUAGUACAAGGGGUGACAAAAUUGGUUGAAACAACCGGUUCAAAAGUAAUAACGGGCGGUUUAGACACUUUAGAAACGAUCGGAAAGAAAACGAUGGAAGUUUUACAAGAAAACGAUCCCGGAUUAAAAAAGAAACGGGCUUUCUUAACUUUAAACGAUGAUAAACCAAUUUUAUCGCAAAUGUUACGCGAAGCUAAAGAAAAAUCGGAGCAAGAAAUCGAUUAUAAAAAAAACGUUGUUAUUAAACGACCGAAUUACGAAACUUUAUUUGAUGAUUACCAAGGAUUGGUGCAUUUGGAAGCUUUGGAGAUGCUUUCAAAACAAUGUGACAUCAAACUCUCCAAUCUCAUAGAGCAUUCUCAUGGUGACUCCUUAAUCGAAACUCAAGAAACUCUUGGACAAAUCAAAGAAUUAUGCGAAUUACCCGAAGAUGAUGAAGAUGAAACGUUAGAUAAAGACGAAAUUAAAGAAAAGAUUGAGACUUCAGUUAAAGAAUUAAACGUUCCUAUUUGUUAUGAUAAAUUACUUUUAAUGUGGGAUGAUGUUGAAACUUGGUUGGAUGGAAACGCGGAAACUGAUAAUUCUAGGGAUGUGCAUCAAAAAGCUGUUGAAACUCUAGCUGAACUUACUGCUAUUGCAGUUGAACAGUUUCAUAAAGGUGGGGAGUUGUUGUUGGUUAAACAACAUAGGAGUACUGCGGAUGAAGCGGAUUCUUUAGUUCAGUUAACCGUGACAUUAGCGGCAUUAAUCGGAAUAGUUUCAUCAAAAUUUUGUGAAAAAUUAAAUAGGAUAACAACUGAAGACGAUAAAACGGAAGUAAACGAGUUAAUAACAAACGUAUUUUACGAGGCGGCAAAUAGCACCACUUACAUAAAGGAUGCCUUUCAACUCUUAAUUCCAGUCUUGCAAGUAGGCGCAGUGUGACUCCAAUUGUAAAUAAUUGUAAAAAUAAUCAGAUAACGAAAUCCUUUUUAAUAAUUUUUAUUAUAUAGUGAAAAAUGUUUAU